GCCAGCCUUAGGAACAUGGCACUUUGGAGAGAGCUAUGGGAAUAUGAACUCAAUCAACCUAAAGUGCAAAAACUAUGAACCCACUUCUUUUAAUCACUUUUAUUGGGUUUAGUUUCACUGUGAGUCAUAUAUGGGAGAUUAUAACAAGAAUUUUAGUUUAGUGUUUUUAAACAAAGGCAGCGUUUGCUCUGAGACAGACAGGUGAACAAGCCUCCAGACUUAAAAGAAGCCAGACCUGACAGUGCCGCAGUCAUGGGUGAGUGGGGCUUCAUCGGUGGAUUCUUCGAUGCCCUCCAGACUGAGUCGCCGAUGCUGGGCCGUUUCUGGCUCUUCCUCAUGCUGGUGUUUAGGAUAGUGAUCCUGGGAACUGUGGCCAGUGACAUGUUUGAGGACGAGCAGGCGGAAUUUAUCUGUAACACCCUCCAGCCAGGAUGUAAGCAGGUGUGUUAUGACUUAGCUUUCCCCAUCUCCCAGUACAGAUUCUGGGUGUUUCAUAUAGUCCUCAUCGCUACACCUUCUCUGCUUUUCCUCGUGUACGCUACACACCAGCAUAAAAAGAGUGCUAAUCCCCCCCCAUCGAGUAAAAGGUGGAGCAGCGAGAACAGAGAAGAAAAAGCUUUAAGGAGGCUUUACAUUAUCACUGUGAUCUUCCGCUUGGUGGCAGAAAUUGUCUUUCUAUUUACCCAGUGGUAUCUCUACGGCUUUGAGGUAAAAGCCUAUUUUGAAUGUAGUCGUUCUCCCUGCCCCCUGACAGUGAAGUGCUACACCUCCCGGCCUGCAGAGAAGACAAUCUUUCUCUUCUUCUACUUUAUUGUAGGGGUGAUAUCAGCAUUUUCCAGCUUUUUUGAGCUUCUCUACAGCUCUCGAAAGUGGUUUUGCUCAAACGACGAGGACAAAAUCUACUACUGUGACUGUGAGAACCUCCACAACCUCGAGAAAGAGGAGACACAGGAGAAAUCGGGAGGAAAGACGUUGUCAGAGAGCACAGCCAGCAGUGUGAAAGUGAAGAAGGGAUCAGUGAGAAGCAGCUCCGGUCGAAAGGUCUAUUGCAAGUGCAAGAGUCCAAGAGGAAAAUAUGUGAGAAGGAAGAUGCUUAUGGUGUGAGAUGACUCUGCAGUAGCACAUGCUGCAAUCAAAGCAUCCUCUAUUUUCCAUUUUAAACUCACAGCAACAUUUCUAAUUCCAUUUCACUUGAAAGAAUUUCCCUUUUUAGGAGUUUUUACACACUUCAAAAAAAAUGCAUGGAAGCUAACCCAUCAAAUUUCAGGAAAUGAGUAAAGACAGCACAGAUGAUAAGAAGGACAAGAAGGAUGCAUGUGAGACAUUGUUGACUUGUUCGUUCUGGUGACUGAUUAAAGGCUUAAAGGAGAACUUUCUGGAAUUCACUUGAUAACACUUGUUAAGACUGAUUGCAUUUUGUGUUUGUGUUGUUCCCACUUUAAAGGACAAAUCCGCCCUGAGGCAGCGUGUGAAGAUUAAUUUAUUUAAGCAGAUCUGGAAAGUGAA